AUGUCGUCUCGAUCCGGAAUUGUCCGGCAUCAAAGUAUUGCGCUCGGUCGCUCCGGCCCGCGAUCCAAAAACGGUUGCGCAACCUGUCGCCUCCGCAGAGUUCGCUGCGAUGAGCGGCGACCGACUUGCAGCCACUGCGAUAGACUCAAACUUGAGUGCACGUAUCAGCCUCCCCGGCCUCGACGCAGCCAGAGAAGGCUACCAUCCCCAGACGAUAGUUCGGCGAGCUCUCGACAAGACGCAGAUGUUGAUGUUGAUGAGUCGCGGAGAUUCAGCGUGGUGGAUGAGAGCGGCGAAGGGGGACAAAUGCCAUUGCCAUCCUUCAACUCAGCGGCAAUUUCAUCACGUCCAAACAAUGACCUGCAAACUAUCCAAAGCAUUCUUCCUAACGACAUCAACGGUCAAUUUGAUGUUUCACCUGAAAAUCCAAAUCCAAGCGGUCUCAUUCCUGACCCAAUGGCAUCCUACAUGACUCCUACAACUGCCACGGCACUGGAUAUUGGCCCUACUUCCAUACCUUCAGGAGACCAUUCAGGGGAACUAUCACAAUCACCUUGGAGCCCCAGUUGGUUCGAUCGACUACCUCUCCCCGAUUCAGCAUUUUCUUUCACGUCGUUAGGAUUCACCAGCGCCCUCAGUCCCAACUUCUUCAACUCAGAUCAAUCAUCUGCUUGGCGUGGUGGUGCUCUUUCAGAGAUAGAUAGCGGCACGAUGUUAUCGACAUCAAACGUAGACAGCAGUCCAAGCAUGCAUACAGUUGUACAAAGCAACACCGAAGAUCAAUUUGCCAAUAUUGAUAGGCAAGAAGACAGCGGACAAGUGAACAAACCGGGAUACAAACCAGCCUUUGCCUUUUCACCACCACUUCUAUCAGACGCUCAAGAAGAGCUUCUUCUUAAAACGUUCGAGUGCGCAAUUCAGCCCCCGGCCUCUCUUGCCAGCAUCCAUCCGUUGGGUUGGCCCAAAAUCAAGCGUUAUGUGCUUCAUAUGGCCAAUGGCAAGCAUACCUCGAUAGAAUAUGGAGCGGUCAUGCAUGCUCUUGCAGCUCUCAGUGCUAUGCUCUUUGAGCCUAGCCGACCAGCGGCUUUGGCUGCCCUGGGGAGCCGCGUAUCAACUUGCCGCGACGACUUUGGCCUUUUAUCUCUAAGAUUGCAUGAUGUCGCCUGUGUCGCACUCAAGUUGAGCCUUUCGCAUGCGGGAUGGGAGGAGCGAAGCAGCCGAGCUCUUCUCGUGGCAAUAUUUUUGUUGGCUUGGUUUGAGACCGCAUAUGAUGGCAGUGAUCAGGUUCGACCUAGCUUCCCAGAGGAUAUGGCUGAGCAGGUCAUUGUCAAUGGCCGAUGUUGGGAUGCUGGUUCUGCUAGUCUUUUCCAGUGGCUGGACUCAUUCGACGCCAAGAUGUCUCAUAUGGGUGGUCGUCAUCUUCUUUCAGAGCCGGCUCUAGAAAUUAUCAGGAAGCCACGUCCAGGCAUCACGGACUCAACCAACAUGGAGGUGGCGGACAAUGAUGCCCUCAAUGAAAUCGACGGGAUAUCAACUACGAGCACUGCUGUCCUAGCGAUAAGCAGUAAGGGCGAAAGUGCCAAUAUGAAGCCGCGCAAUGGUGGCUCUAGACUCGCUACACUGUUAGCAGAGCCGCCCACGAUUCCUAAGAAUGUAGUGUGUAUGGGCGUUUUCAACAUCUUACUCCAACCCGCCUUUGAGUUUCACAUGGCAUCUCAAGCAUACUCGCGGCGCGUUGGCUGUCACGACCGCCAUCACCGCCCACGUGGAACCCCUGAAGAUGAAUUGGAAGUAAUGAAGGCAUGCAUGGGUUUUGAAGAAGAGUUGGAGGAGCUGUGGCGACGUCGGCCCAGCAUCCUAGACCUCGAUGCCUCACAGCUACGCCUAUUUGUGAGCGAGAACAUUGCCCGCAGGCUAGAGCAGCUAUUCAGCGUCUACAUUGCAACCUUUUGGGCUCACUUCAUAUACAUCCACCGUGUAGCAUACUGGACCUUGCAACAUACACCCAUUGCCCUCAAGGCUUUGACACAGACAGGCAACAUGAUGCGUCGCAGCGUCGGUCAACCUAUACACCAGCAUGCCUUUGACGCAAACCUCUCGCGCACGACCUCUACUACUAUCCAUCCAGGCUUGAUGUGGGUUUGCUUUUUAUUUGGCUGCGAGGUUCCUGAUCCUGUACAACAGGAAUGGGCAGUGUUACAGCUGCGAGCCCUAGGCCGGCUCAGCGGCACAACUCAAAGACAAGGGGCGGCGCUCGACGGCAGCGAAGGAGACGGAUUGCCUAUUGGAGGGUUAGAUCAAAAGGGGGCGCAGACGGCUUUCAAGGUGGCACGUCUUCUCGAAGUUACUAUUGAGCGCCAGACAAAGUUGGGCGCCCGUGUGGAUGGCAAGUACUUGAGUCAGGAGAUCUUUGGCUGCCAUUUCUAUAUCAUCUAA